AUGACCCGUUCCGAGGUGGAGCACCACGUCCUCCGGGUCUCCGUCUGGCACCGCGACUUCUUCUCCCACAAGGGCCUUCUCGGCGAGACCCGAAUCGCCCUGCCCCACUUCCCCUGGCACGACGCCUCCAACCCGAACGGGCAAUGGGUCUCGUUGCGGGGGGUUACGGAUGAGAACGAGCCGCUGGAGAAGCGGACGAUAGUCGCCAAGGUGUCUCUGGCCUUCAAGAUUGAGGAUCGCGAGCGAAAAAUUGGGACAUUGGAGGUGAUCCUCAACAACCUCCACUUCGACCCAGCGCCCGGCAAACGCGCCCAGCACCAUCUUGAGGGCAAGAUCUAUUUUGGCGAGAAACGGGUCACAAAACGCCAGGUUCGGAUACCUAGCGAGACAGCCAAGGGUCUCCCGAUCGGGCAUGCCAUACGAUUUUCGGAGCAGAAUCUGAAUGACUUGCAUGUCAGAAGCCUGAAGCUCCAGCUCUGGGAAACUAGCGGUCUCGGCGCCCGGUCACUUGUCGGAAAAGCCGAGCUAAACCCGAUUGAUCAUCGGAGAGGCCUCUCCGUCACGGAGUCGUGCAGCUGCGAGUUGUGCACCGGCUGGCAUCGCAUGAUCUCCCACAGCACCCACGUCGCCAACGUCGACGUGCCGAUGAGCGGCAAGGGCGGGAAAGGAUCAGGA